AUGGUCACUGUGCAUAAAUAUCCUGGAAGCAAUGGGCUGGGGAGCGGCAAAGAGCACUGCCAAAAGUCCCCCGUGGGAAAUGGACAGGACCUACAAGAGAAGGAAGUGAAUCACAGAGGGGAUCAGGACGCUCUGAAGAACAUGCUGGGCUCAGUCCAGAACUCUGCCGCUCACGGGCCUCCUCGCCACUGGAGGAAACUGAAGGGCUGGAGCAGGCACCUCUGGGUCAGGACAGCUUCUCUAAGCCACCCGCCCCGGAGCCCCACUCUGAGACCCAGGAAAGGCCAGACCAGAGGAAAGCCCCCAAGUGACUGCGGUUGGGUCACAGAAGAGGAAGUGCUGGAAGACGUCAGCCCCACCUGUCCAAAAGAUGCAACUCGAUUCAAGCACCUCCGGAAAUACAUAUACAACUAUGAGGCUGAGAGUUCCAGUGGAGUCCCCGGGACUGCUGAUUCAAGAAGUGCCACCAAGAUCAACUGCAAGGUUGAGCUGGAGGUCCCCCAACUCUGCAGCAUCAUCCUGAAGACCAACCAGUGCACCCUGAAAGAGGUAUAUGGCUUCAACUCUGAGGGCAAGGCCUUGCUGAAAAAGACCAAGAACUCUGAGGAGUUCACUGCUGCCAUGUCCAAGUACGAGCUCAAGCUGACCAUUCCGCAAGGGAAGCAAGUUUUUCUAUACCCAGAGAAAGAUGAGCCUCAACACAUCCUGAACAUCAAGAGGGGUAUCAUUUCUGCCCUUUUGGUUCCCCUGGAGACAGAAGAGGCCACCCAAGUGCUGUUUCUGGAUACAGUGUAUGGAAACUGCUCCACUCACUUUACUGUUAAGACCAGGAAGGGAAAUGUGGCGACAGAAAUAUCCACCGAAAGAGACCUGGGGCAAUGCGAUCGCUUCAAGCCCACCAGCACAGGCGUCAGCCCACUCGCUCUCAUCAAAGGCAUGACCCGCCCCUUGUCGACUCUGAUCAGCAGCAGCCAGUCCUGCCAGUACACCCUGGACUCCAAGAGGAAGCAUGUAGCAGAAGCUGUCUGCAGGGAGCAACACCUAUUCCUGCCUUUCUCCUACAAGAAUAAGUAUGGGAUAAUGGCACAGGUUACACAGACUUUGAAACUGGAAGACAUGCCUAAGAUCAACAGCCGCUUCUUUGGUGAAGGUGCCAAGAAGGUGGGUCUUGCCUUUGAGAGCACCAAAUCCACGUCACCGCCAAAGCAAGCAGAGGCUGCUUUGAAGACCCUCCAAGAACUGAAAAAGCUGUCUGUCUCUGAGCAGAACAGACAGAGAGCUUAUCUCUUCAGUAAACUGGUUACUGAGCUAAGAGGCCUCAGCAAUGAGGCAGUCACAUCUCUCUUGCCACAGCUGAUUGAGGUGUCCAGCCCCAUCACUUUACAAGCCUUGGUUCAGUGUGGGCAGCCCCAGUGCUACACUCACAUCCUGCAGUGGCUAAAGGGUACACAUGCCAGCCCCCUUCUGAUAGAUACCGUCACCUACCUGGUAGCCCUCAUUUCAGAGCCCUCGGCACAGAGGAUACGGGAGAUCUUCAACAUGGCGAGGGAGCAGCGGAGCCGGGCCACAUUAUAUGCACUGAGCCAUGUGGUCAACAACUAUUAUAAAACAAACCCAACAGAGACCCAGGACCUGCUCGACAUUGCUGAUUAUCUGUUGGGACAGAUUCAAAAUGAGUGUACUGGGGACGAAGAUCACACCUAUUUGAUUCUGAGGGUUAUUGGAAAUAUGGGCCAAACCAUGGAGCGGCUAACUCCAAGACUCAAGUCUUCAAUCCUGGAAUGUGUCAAAAGUACAAAGCCAUCACUGCUGAUCCAGAAAGCUGCCAUCCAGGCCCUGCGGAAGAUGGAACUUAACAAUGAGGACCAGGGAGUCCUUCUUCAGACUUUCCUUGAUAGUGCUUCUCCAGGAGAUAAGCGACUGGCUGCUUAUCUCAUGGUGAUGAGGGAUCCUUCCCAGUCAGACAUUGACAAAAUUACCCAACGUCUACCAGAGGAACAGAAUGAACAAGUGAGGAACUUUGUGGCCUCCCACAUUUCCAACAUCUUGAAGUCAGAAGAAUUGUAUGUACAAGAUCUGAAAGUGUUAUUGGAAGAAGCUCUGAAACAAGUUCCAGUUCCAGCUGUCAGGGACUUCAGAAAAUUUUCCCGGAACUAUCAGUUUUCCAAAUCUGUUUCUCUGCCAUCACUUGACUCAGCCUCAGCCAAAAUUGAAGGGAAUCUUAUGUUUGAUCCAAAUAAUUACCUUCCUACAGAAAGUAUGCUGAAAACUACCCUUACUAUCUUUGGAUUUGCUUCAGCUGACCUCUUUGAGAUUGGCUUGGAAGGAAAAGGCUUUGAGCCAACACUAGAAGCUCUUUUUGGGAAGCAAGGAUUUUUCCCAGACAGUAUCAGCAAAGCUUUGUACUGGGCUAAUGGCCGGGUUCCUGAUCAUGUCUCCAAGGUCUUGGUAGAUCACUUUGGCUAUCCCAAAGAUGAUAAAAGUGGGCAGGACAUGGCAAAUGGAAUUAUGCUCAAUGUUGAGAAGCUGAUUAAAGAUUUGAAAUCCAAAGACGUCCCAGAAGCCAGAGCCUACCUCCGCAUCUUGGGAGAAGAGCUUGGCUUUGCCAGACUCCAGGACCUGAAUCUCUUGGGAAGGUUGCUUCUGACUGGUGCUCGUACUCUGACGGGAAUCCCACAGAUGAUUGGAGAGGCCAUAAGCAAGGGUUCAAAGGGCGACUUUUUCCUUCACUACAUCUUCAUGGACAAUGCCUUUGAGCUCCCCACCGGGGUUGGAUUACAGCUGCAAAUGUCUUCAUCUGGAGUCAUCACUCCCGGGACCAAGGCUGGAGCGAAACUGGAAAUGGCCAACAUGCAGGCUGAACUGGUGGUAAAACCCUCUGUGUCUGUGGAGUUUGUGACAAACAUGGGCAUCAUCAUUCCGGACUUUGCCAGGAGCGGGGUCCAGAUGAACACCAACUUCUUUCAUGAAUCAGGCCUACAGGCUCGUGUUGCCCUGAAGGCUGGGCAGCUAAAGUUCAUUGUUCCUUCUCCAAAGAGGCCUGUCAAGCUCUUCAGUGGCAGCAACACAUUGCAUUUGGUCUCUACCACAAAAACAGAGGCGAUCCCACCUCUCAUUGAGAACAGGCAGUCCUGGUCAGCCUGCAAGCCAUUCUUUACUGGCCUGAAUUACUGCACCUCGGGCGCUUACUCCAAUGCCAGCUCCACAGACUCCACCUCCUACUAUCCACUGACCGGGGACACCAGAUUUGAACUGGAACUGAGACCUACCGGAGAAGUAGAGCAGUAUUCUGUCAGCGCAACCUAUGAGCUCCAGAGAGAGGACAGAGCCUUGGUGGACACCCUAAAGUUUGUAACUCAGGCAGAAGGUAUGAAGCCGACUGAGGCUACCAUGGCAUUCAAAUAUAAUCGACAGACUAUGACCUUGUCCAGUGAAGUCCAAAUUCCGGAUUUUGGUAUUGACCUUGGUACAAUCCUCAGAGUAAAUGAUGACUCUGCUGAGAACAAAAAGUCUUACAAACUCACCAUGGACGUUCAGAAUAAGAAAAUUACUGAAGUCACCCUCAUGGGCCACAUAAAUUGGGACACAAAGGAAGAAGCCAAGAUCAAAGGUGUUAUUUCCAUACCCCGUCUGCAAGCAGAAGCCAGAAGUGAAAUCCUUACCCACUGGUCCCCCACUAAGCUGCUUCUCCAAAUGGACUCAUCAGCUACAGCUUUCGGCUCAACAGUUUCCAAGAGGGUGGCAUGGCGUUACGAUGAAGAGAAGAUUGAAUUUGAAUGGAACACAGGCACCAAUGUGGAUACCAAAAAGGUGGCUUCCAAUUUCCCUGUGGAUUUCUCCGAUUAUCCCAGAAGCUUACAUAUGUAUGCCAAUAGUCUCUUGGAUCACAGAGUUCCUCAAACAGACAUGACUUUCCGGCACAUGGGUUCUAAACUAAUAGUUGCAACAAACACAUGGCUUCAGAAGGCAGCUGAGAGUCUUCCGUAUGCCCAGACCUUGCAAGAUCAUCUCAAUGGCUUAAAGGAGUUGGACCUUCAGAACGUAGGAUUGCCAGACUUCCACAUCCCAGAAAACCUCUUCUUAAAAAGUGAUGGCCGGGUCAAAUAUACCUUGAACAAGAACAGUGUAAAAAUUGAGAUUCCCCUUCCUUUUGGUGGCAAAUCCUCCAAAGAUCUAAAGAUGUUAGAAACUGUUAGGACACCAGCCCUACACUUCAAGUCUGUGGGAUUUCACCUGCCAUCUCGAGAGUUCCAAGUGCCUACUUUUACUAUUCCUGAGUUGUAUCAACUGCAAGUGCCUCUCCUGGGUGUUCUAGACCUCUCUACGAAUGUCUACAGCAACUUGUACAACUGGUCUGCCUCCUACUCUGGUGGUAACACCAGCACAGAACACUUCAGCCUUCGGGGUCAGUACCAUGUAAAGGCUGACUCUGUGGUUGACCUGCUUUCCUACAAUGUACAAGGAUCUGGAGAAACAACAUAUGACCACAGGAAUACGUUCACACUAUCAUGUGAUGGGUCUUUGCGCCAUAAAUUUCUAGAUUCAAAUAUCAAAUUCAGCCAUGUGGAAAAACUUGGAAACAGCCCACUCUCAAAAGGUUUACUAACAUUUGAUGCAUCUAGUGCUUUGGGACCACAGAUGUCUGCUGCAGUCCAUUUGAAUUCAAAAAAGAAACAGCAUUUAUAUGUCAAGGAAGUAAAAAUUGAGGGACAGUUCAAAGUCUCCUCUUUCUAUGCCAAAGGAACAUAUGGCCUGUCUUAUCAGAAGGAUCCUGCCACUGGCCAACUAAACGGAGAGUCCAACCUGAGGUUUAACUCCACCUACCUCCAGGGCACCAACCAGAUAACGGGAAGAUAUGAAGAUGGAACCCUCUCCCUCACCUCCACCUCUGAUCUACAAGGUGGCAUCAUUAAAAAUACUGCUUCCCUGAAAUAUGAAAACUAUGAGCUAAUUCUGAAAUCUGACACCAAUGGAAAGCAUGAGAAUUUUGCCACUUCUAACAAGAUGGACCUGACCUUCUCUAAGCAAAAUGCAUUGUUACGUUCUGAGUAUCAGGUUGAUUACAAAUCAUUGAGGUUCUUCACCCUGCUUUCUGGAUCACUAAAUUCCCAUGGUCUUGAAUUAAAUGCUGACACCUUGGGCACUGACAAAAUUAAUAGUGGUGCUCACAAAGCAACCCUAAGGAUUACCCGAGAUGGAAUAUCUACCAGUGCAACGACCAACUUGAAGUAUAGUCCCUUGGUGCUAGAGAAUGAGCUGAAUGCAGAGCUUGGUCUGGCUGGGGCAUCUAUGAAAUUAACAACAAAUGGCCGCUUUAGGGAACAUGGCGCAAAAUUCAAUCUAGAUGGAAAAGCUGCCCUCACAGAGGUGUCACUGGGAAGUACCUAUCAGGCUAUGAUUCUGGGUGUCGACAGCAAAAACAUUUUCAGCUUCAAAAUCAGCCAAGAGGGGCUUAUGCUCUCAAACAACUUGAUGGGCUCAUAUGCAGAGAUGAAACUUGAUCACACAAACAGUCUAAAUAUUGCAGGCUUAUCACUGGACUUCUCUUCAAAACUUGACAACUUUUAUAGCCGUGACAAGUUUUAUAAGCAAAAUUUUAAUUUGCAGCUACAGCCCUAUUCUCUGGUAACUACUCUACACAAUGACCUGAAAUACAAUGCUCUGGAUCUGACCAACAGUGGGAAACUGCGGCUAGAACCCCUGAAGCUGAAUGUGGGGGGUAACCUAAAAGGAACCUACCAAAAUAAUGAAAUAAAACACAUCUACACCAUUUCUUAUGCUGCCUUAUCAGCAAGCUAUAAAGCGGACACUGUGGCUAAGAUUCAGGGUGUGGAAUUUAGCCAUCGGCUUAACACAGACAUUGCUGGACUGGCUUCAGCCAUUGACAUCAGUACAAACUAUAAUUCAGACUCACUGCAUUUCAGCAAUGUCUUCCACUCUGUAAUGGCACCAUUUACUAUGACUGUCGAUGCACAUACAAAUGGCAAUGGGAAACUGACUCUCUGGGGAGAACACACUGGGCAGUUGUAUAGCAAAUUCCUGUUAAAAGCUGAACCUCUGGCCCUUACUUUCUCUCAUGAUUACAAAGGAUCCACAAGUCAUCAUCUCAUGUCUAGGAAAAGUGUCAGUACAGCUCUUGAUCACAAAGUCAGUGCCCUGCUUACUCCAGCUGAGCAGACUGGCACCUGGAAACUCAAGACUCAAUUUAACAACAAUGAAUACAGCCAGGACUUGGAUGCUUACAACACUAAAGACAAAAUUGGUGUGGAGCUUAGUGGACGAGCCCUGGCUGACCUAACUAUACUAGACUCUCCAAUUAAAGUGCCACUGUUACUCAGUGAACCCGUCAAUGUCAUUGAUGCCUUAGAGAUUAAAGAUGCCAUUGACAAGCCCCAAGAAUUUACAAUUGUUGCUUUUGUAAAAUAUGAUAAAAACCAAGAUGUUCACACUAUCAACCUCCCAUUUUUUACAACCCUGCAAGAAUAUUUUGAGAUGAAUCAAAGAAUAAUUAGAACUGUAUUGGAAAGCAUACAGAGAGAAUUGAAACGUAUCAAUAUUGAUCAAUUUAUGAGGAACUACAGAGCAGCCCUGGGCAGACUCCCACAGCAAGUUGAUGAUUAUCUGAAUUCAUUUAAUUGGGAGAGACAAGUUUCAAGUGCCAAGGAGAAACUGACUGCUUUCACAAAAAAUUAUAGGAUUACAGAAAAUGAUCUACAAAUUGCAUUGGAUAAUGCCAAGAUCAACUUUAAUGAAAAACUAUCUCAACUGCAGACAUAUGUGAUACAAUUUGAUCAGUAUGUUAAAGAUAAUUAUGAUUUACAUGAUUUUAAGACAGCUAUUGCUAAGAUUAUUGAUCGAAUCAUUGAAAAAUUAAAACUUCUUGAUGAACAGUAUCAUAUUCGUGUAAAUGUAGCAAAAACAAUCCAUAAUCUAUAUUUGUUUAUUGAAAAUGUUGAUUUUAACAAAAUUGGAAGUAGUACUGCAUCUUGGAUUCAAAAUGUGGACACUAAGUAUAGAAUUAGAAUCCAAAUACAAGAAAAAUUGCAACAGCUCAUGACACACAUUCAGAAUACAGACAUACAGAACAUUGCUGGAAAGUUAAAACAACAAGUUGAGGCUGUAGAUAUCAGAGUGCUUUUAGAUCAAGUGAGAGCUACAAUUCCAUUUAAAAGAAUAAAUGAUAUUCUUGAGCAUGUCAAAUACUUUGUUAUAAAUCUUAUUGGAGAUUUUGAAGUUACUGAGAAAAUCAAUGCUUUUAGAGCCAAAGUCCAUGAGUUAAUUAAGAAACAUGAAAUAGACCAGAAAAUUCAGGUUUUAAUGGAUAAAUCAGUGCAGUUGGCCUACCAAUAUAAUUUGAAAGAGACUGUUCAGAAGCUAAGCAAUGUCCUACAACAAGUUGAGAUAAAAGAUUACUUUGAGAAAUUGGUUGGGUUUAUCGAUGAGGCUGUCAAGAAGCUUGACGCAUUGUCUUUAAAAGAAUUCAUUGAAGAAGUAAACAGAUUCCUUGACAUGUUGGUAAAGAAAUUAAAGUCAUUUGAUUACCACCAGUUUGUAGAUGAAAGCAACAACAAAAUCCGUGAGGUGACUCAGAGAAUUAACAGUGAAAUUCAGGCUCUGGAACUACCACAAAAAGUUGAAAUACUAAAGCUGUUUUUAAAGGACACCAAGGCCUUGGCUGAAGUGUGUCUGGAAAGCCUAAAGGAUACCAAAGUUACCUUAAUUAUUGACUGGUUACAGGACACUUUAAGUUCAGCAUCUCUGGCUCACAUGAAGGCCAAACUCCAAGAGACCCUAGAAGAUAUACGAGACCGAAUAUAUCAAAUGGACAUUCAGCAGGAACUUGAGCGAUACCUGUCUCUGAUGGGCCAGGUAUAUAGCACCCUGGUCACCUACAUUUCUGACUGGUGGAUUCUUGCUGCUAAGAACCUUACUGACUUUGCAGAGCAGUAUUCUAUCCAAGAUUGGGCUGAACGUGUGAAAACAUUGGUAGAACAAGGGUUCACUGUUCCCCAAAUCCAGACCAUCCUUGGGACCAUGCCUGCCUUUAGAGUCAGUCUUCGGGCUCUUCAGGAAGCUACCUUCCAGACACCUGAUUUCAUAGUCCCCCUAACAGAUCUGAGGAUUCCAUCAAUUCAGUUAAACUUCAAAGAAUUGAAAGAUAUAAAAAUCCCAUCCAGGUUUUCCACGCCAGAAUUCACUGUCCUCAACACCUUUCACAUUCCUUCCUUUACAAUUGACUUAGUAGAAAUAAAAGUAAAGAUUAUCAGGACCAUUGACCAGAUGCUGAAUAGUGAGCUGCAGUGGCCCGUUCCAGAAGUGUAUCUGAGGGAUCUAAAGGUGGAGGACACUCUUCUUGCUGGAAUCACCCUGCCAGACUUCCAUUUACCAGAAAUCACAAUUCCAGAAUUCGUAAUCCCAAAACUCAGUCUUAAUGAUUUUCAAGCGCCUGAUCUUCACAUACCAGAAUUCCAGCUUCCCCACAUCUCACAAACAAUUGAAGUACCUACUUUUGGGAAGCUGUAUAGCGUUUUAAAAAUCCAGUCUCCCCUUUUCACAUUAGAUGUAAAUGCUAACAUGCAGAAUGUAACAACUUCAGGAAACAAAGCAGAUAUUGCAGCUUCCAUCGCUGCCAAAGGGGAGUCCAAAUUAGAAGUUCUCAAUUUUGAUUUUCAAGCAAAUGCACAACUCUCAAACCCGGAGAUCAAUCCACUUGUUCUGAAGGAGUCCAUGAAGUUCUCCAGCAAGUACCUGAGAACAGAGCAUGAGAGUGAAAUGCUAUUUUUUGGAAAUGCAAUUGAGGGAAAAUCAGACACAGUGGCAAGGUUACACACAGAAAAAAAUACACUGGAACUUAGUAAUGGUAUGAUUGUCAAAAUGAACAAUCAGCUUACCCUGGAUAGCAACACUAAGUACUUUCACAAACUGAACAUCCCCAAACUGGACUUCUCUAGUCAGGCUGACCUGCGCAAUGAAAUCAAGACACUGUUGGAAACUGGCCGCAUAGCAUGGACUUCUUCUGGUGCAGGGUCAUGGAAAUGGGCCAGUCCCAAUUUCUCAGAUGAAGGAACACAUGAAUCACAAAUUAGCUUCACUGUUGGAGAAUCCAUCACUUCCUUUGGAUUGUCCAAUAAAAUCAAUAGCAAACACCUGAGAGUAAACCAAAACUUGGUUUAUGAAUCUAGCUUCCCCAAGUUUUCUAAAUUUGAAAUUCAGUCACAAGUUGAAUCCCAGCACGUGGGCCGCAGUGUUCUAACUGCUAAAGGCACAGCACUAUUUAGAGAAGGGAAGGCAGAGAUAACUGGUAACCACGAUGCUCAUUUAAAUGGGAAAGUUAUUGGAACUUUGAAAAAUUCUCUUUUGUUUUCACUCCAGAUGUUUGAAAUUACUGCCUCUACAAACAAUGAAGGAAAUUUGAAAGUGAGUUUUCCAUUGAAGUUAACAGGAAAGAUAGACUUCCUGAAUAACUAUGCACUAUUUCUGAGUCCUAGUGUCCAGCAAACAAGUUGGCAAGCAAGUGCUAGGUUCAAUCAGUAUAAGUACAAUCAAAACUUCUCUGCUGGAAACAAUGAGAAUAUCAUGGAGACCCAUAUAGGACUAAAUGGAGAAGCCAACCUGGAUUUCUUAAGCAUUCCUUUAACAAUUCCUGAAAUGACUCUACCUUACACAACAAUCACAACUCCCCCACUGAAGGAUUUCUCCUUAUGGGAGAAAACAGGCUUGAAAGAAUUUUUGAAAACAACAAAACAAUCAUUUGAUUUAAGUGUAAAAGCUCAGUAUAAGAAAAGCAAAGGCAGGCAUUCCAUUGCAAAUCCUUUGGGUGUGUUUUAUAAGUUUAUUGGUCAGAACCUCAAUUCCUUUGGCAGGCAUUUUGAGAAAGCCAGAAAGAAUGCAUUAGAUUUUUUCACCAACUACUAUAAUGAAGCCAAAAUCAAGCUUGAUAGGUACAAAGUUGAAAAAUCCCACGAUGAGCUCCCAAGGACCUUUCAAAUUCCUGGAUAUACUAUUCCAGUUGUCAAUAUUGAAGUGUCUCCAUUCACAGUAGAGAUGUUGGCAUUUGGCUAUGUAAUCCCAAAAGCAAUGAGCACCCCCAGUAUCACCAUACUGGGUUCCAACAUCUUUGUGCCUUCAUACACAUUAGUCUUCCCACUAGACCUAGACCUGCCAGUCCUUCAUGUCCCCAGGAAUCUUUUUAUGCUUUCUCUUCCAGAUUUCAAAGAAUUGAGUACUGGAAAUAAUAUUUUUAUUCCUGCUAUGGGCAAUAUUACCUAUGAUUUCUCCUUUAAAUCAAGUGUCAUCACACUGAACACCAAUGCUGGACUUUAUAACCAAUCAGAUAUUGUUGCUCAUCUCCUUUCUUCGUCUUCAUCCGUCAUUGAUGCACUGCAGUACAAAUUAGAGGGCACCUCAAGUUUAACAAGAAAAAGAGGGUUGAAACUAGCCACGGCUCUAUCUCUGAAUAACAAGUUUGUGGAAGGCAGUCAUGACAGUACUGUUAGUUUAACCAAGAAAAACAUGGAAGCAUCGGUGACAACAACUGCAAAAGUCCAAAUUCCAAUCUUGAGGAUGAAUUUCAAGCAAGAACUUAAUGGAAAUACCAAAUCAAAACCUACUGUCUCUUCCUCCAUGGAAUUAAAGUACGAUUUCAAUUCCCCAGUGCUGUACUCUACUGCUAAAGGGAUCAUUGACCACAAAUUCACCUUGGAAAGUCUCACUUCUUACUUUUCCAUUGAGUCAUCUACUAAAGGUGAUGUCAAGGGGUCUGUCCUUUCACAGGAAUAUUCAGGAAAUAUUGCCAGUGAGGCCAGCACUUACUUGAAUUCCAAGGGCACCCGGUCUUCACUGAAGUUGCAAGGGGCUUCCAAAGUAGAUGAUAUCUGGAACCUUGAAGUGAAAGAAAAUUUUGCUGGAGAAGCCACUUUUCGACGCAUAUAUGCCAUCUGGGAACACAAUACAAAAAACCACUUAGAGCUAGAGGGCCUCUUUUUCAUAUUUGGAGAACACACAAGCAAAGCCACCCUGGAACUCUCCCCAUGGAAAAUGUCAACCCUUGUUCAGGUUCACUCAAGUCAGCGCAGUUCCCUCCUUGAUAUUCCUUACCUUGGCCAAGAAGUGACUCUGAAUGCUAACACAAAGACCCAGAAGGUCAACUGGAAAAAUGUAGUCCGGGUUCAUUCUGGGUCUCUCCAGAGCCAUGUUGAACUUUCCAAUGACCAAGAAAAGGCACAUUUGGACAUGGCAGGAUCCUUAGAAGGACAACUAAGUUUCCUCAAAUAUAUCAUCCUACCAGUGUAUGACAAGAGCUUAUGGGAUCUACUAAAGCUGGAUGUAACUACCAGCAUUGACAGGAGACAGUAUCUUCAUGCUUCAACUGCCAUUGUGUACACCAAAAACCCCAAUGGCUAUUCUUUCUCUGUCCCGGUGAAAGUUCUGACUGAUGAAUUCAUUAUCCCCAGGCUGAAACAAAAUGAUCUAAGUUCAGUUCUUGUCACACCUAUGUUUCAAGUCCCGUUUACAGAUCUUAAAGUUCCAUCCUACAAACUUGACUUUAGUGAAAUAAAAAUCUACAAGAAACUAAGCACUUCAUCAUUUGCCCUCAACCUACCAAUGCUACCCAAAGUAAAAUUCCCCAAAGUUGAUGUGUUAACAAAAUAUUCUCAACCAGAAGACUCCUCGGUUCCCUUUUUUGAGAUAACUGUGCCUGAAUCUCAGUUAACUGUGUCCCAGUUCACCCUUCCAAGAGGUAUUUCAGUUGGCAACACUGUUUUGGAUCUAAAUGAAGUAGCCAACAAAAUUGCAGACUUCGAGUUGCCCACCAUCAUCAUGCCUGAGCAGACUAUUGAUAUUCCUUCCAUUAAGUUCUCUGUACCUGCUGGAAUAUUCAUCCCUUCCUUUGGAGCACUGUCUGCACGUUUUAGAGUGGCCUCUCCCCUGUAUAAUGCCACUUGGAAUGCUGGCUUGAAAAACAAAGAAGGUCAUGUUGAAACAUUCCUGGAUUCCACGUGCAGCUCAACCCUACAGAUUCUAGAAUAUGACCUAAAUGUUGUGGAAACACACAGAAUUGAAGAUGGCAUGUUAGUUUGUAAGACCAAAGGGACACUUGCACACCGUGAUUUCAGUGCAGAAUAUGAAGAAGCUGGCAGAUAUAAAGGACUACAGGAAUGGGAAGGAAAAGCUCACCUUGACAUCACCAGCCCAGCAUUCACUGAUCUCCAUUUGCACUACCAGGAGAAGGAGAAAAGCCUUUCCAUCUCAGUAGCCUCCUCAACCUUAGGUACUGUGGGCAUGGACUUGGAAGAUGAUGAAAAAUUUUUUACAUGGAACUUCUACUACCGUCCUCAGUCCUCUCCAGAUAAAAACCUCACUAUACUCAAAACUGAGUUGAGGGACCAGGAGUCUGAUGAGGAAAUUCAGAUCAAAGUUAAUUGGGAAGAAGAGGCAGCUUCUGGCUUGCUAAUAUCUCUGAAAGACAACAUACCCAAGGCCACAGGAGCCCUUUAUGACUAUGUCAAUAAGUACCACUGGGAGCACACGGGACUCACCCUAAGAGAUGCUUCUUCAAAGUUAAGAAGAAGUCUGCAAAACAAUGCUGAACGGGCCUAUCAAAAUGCCAUGAGGCAAAUUGAUGAAAUGGACAUGCGGUUCCAGAGAGUAACCAGUGGUGCCACUGGGGCCUAUCAGGAAUGGAAAGACAAGGCCCAGAAUCUGUACCAGGAAAUGUUGGCUCAGGAAGGACAAACGAAUUUUGAGAGACUUAAGGACAAGCUGAUUGACAACUUAGUACAAGUCACUCAAGAAUUCCAUAUGACAAUCCAGCGUCUGGUUGACUCAUUCACUGAUUUCCUGAAGUACACCAAAUUCCAGCUCCCAGGAAAAGCUGGGACAUACUCUGAGCUCUGCACCAUGGUCAUGAGGGAGGUAAGGAAGGUACUGUCCCAGGUAUAUUCAAGUAUCCAUGAAGGGUUAGAAAUAUUGCUUUCCUAUAUCCAAGACCUAGUGGCGAACUCUGAAUUAAUCAAGGACCUAAAGAUUCGUUUUCCUUUUGAGCCAAGGAGCCAUAAGCUAAUAGAUGUGAUCCCAGAGAUCAUAGAACUGUUGAAAUCUGUAUCACAAGAAGUUCAAAUGACACUUGACAACACCCAUCUUAACAAGACCAUAGAGAUGCUAAGUGAUCUUCGAGGCCCUUUACAAUUCAUUUUCCGUAGUUUAGAAAAAGAAAUUAAAUAUUUAAAGAAGGCAAAAUUUACUUAUAUUAUUAAUGAUAUCCAAUAUGAGAUUGACAGAACCUUUAACAAAUAUAUACCAUAUGUUUUUGGAAUCCUGAAAGAAAACCUAUGCAUUAUCCUUGAUAAGCUUAAUGAACUUGUUCAAAACAAACUUCAGGAGGCUUCUCAAAGCUUACAGCAGAUCCAUCAGUACAUAAAGGCUCUCCGCGAAGAAUAUUUUGACCCAAGUGUAGUCGGCUGGACAGUGAAAUAUUAUGAACUUGAAGAAAAGGUAGUCAGCCUGAUGGAGAACCUAGUAAUUGCCCUCAAGGACUUCCAUUCCACAUAUUCUCUCAGUACUGCUGACUUUGCUUCCCAACUCUCAGAUCAGUAUGAGCAGUUUGUGCAGGAAUAUCUUAGCAUCCUUACCGACCCAGAUGGAAAAGGGAAAGAGAAGAUUGCAGAGCUUUCUACCACUGCUCAGGAAAUCAUUAAAAGCUGGGCUGUGUCAAUGAAGAAAAUCAUUUCUGAUUACCACCAGCAAUUUAGAUAUAAACUGCAGGAUUUUUCAGACCAACUCUCUGAUUACUAUGAAAAAUUUAUUGUUGAGUCCACAAGAUUGAUUGACCUGUCCAUUCAAAACUAUCACAUGUUUCUGAGAUAUAUCACUGAGUUACUGAAAAAGCUGCAAUCAACCAAAAGCAUGAGCCCCUACAUAAAGCUUGCUCCUGGAGAACUUAUUAUCACCCUCUAAUUUUUUUUUUAAAGCCAAUCUUCAUUUAUUCUUCUAUUCCACUUAAACUUUCACGUAGUAGAGAAAAAAUUUAAAUUGUAUAUAUUGAUAAAAUCAUACAUUGAGUCAGCCCUGCAGCAGACAGCUGACUACAAGCAGAAGCACAUAUGAACUGGAGCUUCACCAAAGCUAGUAUCAGGGCCCCGAAGGUCUCUGAACAUGAGGGAAUGACAUUUUCUUCAAGUUAAAGAAAAUUAGGAUCUGAAUUAUUUUGCUAAACUUGAGAGGGAGGGGAAACAAAUAAAUGGAGUCUUUAUUGUAUAUCAUA